GACUGCAGCCAAGAGAGUGAUUCUCCUUUCCUGAGGUAUUCUGAGAUUGGACAGCCCAGCAGAGUUGAUAGCAUGAAUCCUGUCCUUUCCAUCUCUCUGCCCCUAGUAUUUGCCUUGACUUUGGGGCAAAGUCUGGCUCUUUGUAUCCCUGUUGACUAUGUCAUCCAUGUGGAGAAGAGAGAAUGCGGCUACUGCUUAGCUAUCAACACCACCAUCUGUGAAGGAUUCUGCAUGACCUGGGACAGUAAUGUUAAGAAGCUACUGCCCCGGAGAUCGAGUGCCCUAUCCCAGGAUGUGUGUACAUACAAGGACCUGGUGUACAGGACCGUGAUGAUACCUGGCUGUCAAUACCAUGCUGUCUCUUACUAUUCCUAUCCUGUGGCAGUGAGUUGCAAAUGUGGGAAAUGCAACACUGAUUACAGUGACUGUGUGCAGGAGGCAAGUGGAGCUGGUUAUUGUGCAAUGUUCUAGAACGGGUGUCAAACUGGGCUGGAUGUGUCACGCGCAGGCCAUGCCCACCCCAGCUCCACAAUGGCAAAAAACAUCGCGAUACAUCAUAA